UGUACUCGCAGACUUUGUCGUCUCAGAAUAUUUCUACACCACAUCCAACACUGACUUUGCGUUCCUUCCACAUGGAGGUCUUUAUGAUGCGGUACGCAUGGGCGGCUCUCUGCAUCGCUGUGUUAGUGAUGUCAGGCUCUGCUGAAGGUGCAAGUUUGGUGACGUCAAAAGCAGCGAACACGGAACCGUCCUUCACGUAUGACUUCACCAUGGACAUCGCCAACCGCAUCUACAAUGAUUCUCUCCUCAACACUAAAUCUCAAGACUAUAAUGUGAUGUAUGAGGACAUUAGCAGUGCGCUCUACUCUGUCUACGGCUGCCCCACUUGUGACACACACACAUUGUACCGAGGUGUAACAGCCAUGACCUUCAGUAACAAGGCUGGAACUGUGGUUGUUCAGGCCACCAUCAAAUUCAACUCGGACCAAACCAAUUCCAUCGUGAUAAAAUACCUAUUUCUAGCUGCCAUCAGUGGCAGAAAUGAAAUAAACGGCCUGAAAAUCAACCCAGAAUUCACAAAGGUCAUAGCAGGAUCAGAUCCUGCACCGACGAGUGUCUCCAGCACUUCCCAUCCAAGCACUACUCCAGCCACUACUCUAGCCAAUACUUCAAGCACUACUCCAGCCACUACUCCAGCCAAUACUCCAAGCACUACUCCAGCCACUACUCCAGCCAAUACUCCAGCCAAUACUCCAAGCACUACUCCAGCCACUACUCUAGCCAAUACUCCAAGCACUACUCCAGCCAAUACUCCAAGCACUACUCCAGCCACUACUCCAGCCAAUACUCCAAGCACUACUCCAGCCACUACUCCAGCCACUACUCCAGCCACUACUCCAAACACUACUCCAAACACUACUCCACACACUCCUUAUCCAUUAACUUGUGACCCCUUUCUUUUAACCACUAGUCCCACUCACAUAAUUAUGUCAUGUCUUACCACCACUCCUACAACUACUCCAACCACCACUCCUCCAAACACCACUCUUACAACUACUCCAAACGUCACUCCUACAACUACUCCAACCACCACUCCUCCAAACACCACUCUUACAACUAUUCCAAACGCCACUCCUACAACUACUCCAAUCACCACUCCUCCAAACUCCACUCUUACAACUACUCCAAACGUCACUCCUCCAAACACCACUCUUACAACUAUUCCAAACACCACUCCUACAACUACUCCAAUCACCACUCCUCCAAACACCACUCCUCCAAACACCACUCUUACAACUAUUCCAAACGUCACUCCUACAACUACUCCAAUCACCACUCCUCCAAACACCACUCUUACAACUACUCCAAACGUCACUCCUCCAAAUACUCCAAUCACCACUCCUCCAAACACCACUCUUACAACUACUCCAAACGUCACUCCUCCAAAUACUCCAACCACCACUCCUCCAAACACCACUCUUACAACUACUCCAAACACCACUCCCCCAAACACCACUCUCACAACUACUCCAACCACCACUCCUCCAAACACCACUCUUACAACUACUGUAGUCUGUUGAAACAGGGUGGAACCAUUCUUUUAACCACUCUCCUACCAUUACUAAAACCAUUAAAUCAAAUUGUUUAAAAAAAAGAAAAAUUUCUUGUAAUUAGACAUAUAUCAUGAUAUUAAAUUCACAUUGAAACACAUAAAAUGAAACCUUGAAAGGCUUGAUUAAAGUAUAAUAUUCUGAUUUUAAAGAGCAACUCCACUGGUUUUUGUCAGGGAUCCUAAGAGCACUCUAAUCGUUGUCAAGGAUCUGAGCAGGUGUCAGAGCACAGGCAGACAGCGACAAACUAGAAUGAUCCAUAAUCGUUAGACGGAAAACAGAAAAAAAAAAGUUGAGGGUCAAAACCUGGAAACAAUACAUGCAGAACUGGAACUAGAGAACAAGGCUUGUAUUUAAAGCUAGAAAUGCAAGAUAAAUAAAGAAAUAGCAGGAUAUACAUAGACAAACGAAUCAAG